CAAAGUUCUGUCGGAAGCACCCAGGCUCCAACUGCAUUUACAAAAGGACAAACAACAGACGUACAUGUGUCGAACGGUGAAAAAAUUCCAUAUAAUAAAAGGAUUACUGAGAUCGGAGCUAGCUUUGAUUCAGAGGGAUCCUUUGUCUGUCAGACUCCCGGUCUAUAUGCUUUUACAUUUUAUGGACUCACUGCAGAGGAUUCAAGUCUAUGGCUCGAAAUGAUGAAAAAUGAUGAAUUAAUAGCUUCAAUCUUUGGUCAUACCAAAAAUGAUUAUGCAGACGCUGGAAAUGCAGCAAUAGUACAUUUAAAUACCGGCGACAAGGUGUACGUGAAAGCCCACAAUAAUUAUAACCAUGCACUGUUUGGACGGACAGAUCAGAUUUACACCACUAUAACUGGGGAACUUUUAUUUGCUGACAAUAUUGAACUAGAUGUAGAAAACUUCUAUGGUCCUGUAGGAUUCUCAGCAAUCCUGACCAAGCACGCUUCUGUAAGUGGUGGAUCAGCUGUACUUUACGACAAAACCAUCACAAAUAUUGGGAGUGGCUACAACACAACCACUGGAACGUUUACUGCCCCAGUUGAGGGAACAUACUUGUUUCACUUCCAUGCACUGGCCCAUGAAAAUACUGAUUUUUGGCUUGAGCUGUUCCACAAUGAACAUUAUGUUAUCUCGUCUUAUGGAUAUACUGAGGGAUCUUACGCUGACGCAGGCAACACUGCUGUUCUCCAUCUUAAAAAAGGAUACAUUAGACAUAGUAAAAACCAAUUGUCCAGGCCUGGAUAUAUUAGAAGCAGAACUGCCAGGCUGUAUGGAGCCUCUAAUGAAUUGUACACCACAUUCUGUGGAGCGCUUCUGUCACCAACUGUUAAAAAAAUCAGUGGUCAUGGAACACAAGAGGAAAUAGCUUUCUCCGCCGGUCUUACCCAUCACGAGACUUCCUCUGAAUCCUCCAAAGUAGUUUUUGACAGGGUUUUUCUUAAUCAUGGAUUAAGCUUCAACGCAAACACUGGGGUUUUCACGGCCCCAGUAGCCGGCAUCUAUGUCUUCCAUUACCACGCCCUAGCCCAACAAGACAAAGCAGAAUGGGUGGAGCUCUACCAUAACUACAUCUACAUCAAUUCUCUCUAUGCCCAUACUUCAGGAGAGUUUGGCUCAGGAAGUAACUCCGCCGCUCUCGAGUUGGAUGUCGGUGAUACCGUGUAUCUCGAUAUUCAACACCGUGGCUCUUAUCUUUAUGGUAGCACCGAUCAAAUUUACUGUACCUUUUCUGGAUACCUUUUGUCACCAAUUUCUAGACAUAAUCCAGUUGUGGGAUAAAUGCUUUACUUUUGUUCCAAAUAAACACGGAUAAAGAUUGUGUCAAUCAAUUGUUAUUUUUUCAAUGUUGAUACUAGGCCUUAAUACAGACAAG